AUGUACGGUGAUGGAGAGGGCACCGUGUGGGACCGGGUCGCUCGGCCGCACCGGGACUGCAUGUGCUACCUCGGACCUCCUACUUCUUUGAUGCCCAUCGGGAUGCGCAAGUCCCCCGAUGUGAGCCCGAGAAGGCUUUCGGACAUCAGCCCUCAGCUCAGACAGCUCAAGUACCUGGUAGUGGACGAAGCCAUCAAAGAGGACCUCAAGUCCUCGCGCAGCGUGGAGGACAUCAACAGCGCGUCCAUAGAAGAGCGAAUACUGCGAAUCACCGGCUAUUAUGGAUAUCAGCCUUGGAGUGCCAGCUACAAGAGCGAAGACCGCCCCAGGGAGAAUGUGGUGGGCACCACGGACCCACAGGCGGCCGCCGGAGCGGCGGGAGCGGACUCCGGCUCCAGCAAGCGGAAGCUCCACUGCUGCAUCCGAGUGACCACCGUGCAGGUGCGGAAGGCCCUGUGGGGGGUCGUCAUGGUGAUAUGCGUGUGCUCCUCCUGGGCCGGCUCCACCCAGCUGGCCAAGCUGACCUUCAAGCAGUUUGACGCCCCCUUCACCCUCACCUGGUUCGCCACCUCCUGGAACUGCCUCUUCUUCCCCCUCUACUACAUCGGCCAUAUGUGCAAGAGUCCAGAGAGGCAGACGCCCAGACAGAGAUUCAGGGAGUGCUGUAGGUUUUUCGGGGACGACGGGCUCACACCCAAGGUGUUUUUCACCAAGAUGGCUCCGUUCGGCCUGCUGUGGAUCCUCACCAACUACCUGUACCUGCAGGCCCUCAGGAAGAUCAACACAACGGACGUGUCGGCGCUCUUCUGUUGUAACAAGGCCUUUGUCUUCCUGCUGUCCUGGAUCGUACUCAGAGACCGCUUCAUGGGGGUCAGGAUAGUAGCGGCUAUCUUGGCCAUAGCAGGAAUCGUAAUGAUGACGUAUGCUGAUGGAUUCCACAGCCAUUCAGUCAUCGGCAUUACUUUAGUCGUGGCCUCUGCUUCGAUGUCAGCGCUCUACAAGGUGCUCUUCAAGAUGGUCCUGGGCAGUGCUAAAUUUGGAGAGGCUGCACUCUUUCUGAGCAUUGUCGGAAGCGCCAACUUUGUCUUCAUCAGCUUCGUGCCGGUCAUCCUGUAUUUCACACACGUGGAGUACACCAGCUCACUCGCAGACAUCCCCUGGGCCUUCCUCUGCGGGGUCGCAGGCCUGCAGUUCGCUUUCAACGUCCUGGUGAACUUCGGCAUUGCGAUGACGUACCCAAAAUUAAUCUCCCUUGGUAUCGUCCUAAGUGUUCCUGUAAAUGCCAUGGUGGACCUCUACACGUGUGAAAUUAACUUCAACACAGUGCGCCUCAUUGCCGUGUUCAUCAUUUGCCUGGGUUUCCUCAUGCUGCUGUUACCCGAGGACUGGGACCAGUGCAUCAUCCAGCUCAGCACCAAGCUGCGCAAGCGGGACGAGCCAGCAGAGGGCAGCGUAGAGGCAGGCGCCACCACGGGGCUCAACUGGAGGGGAAGAGCCAGGACCUCCAUGUCAACAUUUGCACAUUGACUCCGGUGAAAUUGUACCAUGCAAACAGCUACCCGACACACAGGCCGACAACGGGACGGAGACACGAAAACACCUCUCAAUGGAGGAUGUCUGCUGGCCUGCCCUCCAUCCAAGUAGCGCUCCGAAUGGGCAAAAAAACUGCUCUCUGAUCAGUAACAUGAGGCUUGAGGCACCGACUGCGUAACAUUUAUUGGGUGUCCACUCCGCAGAGAAGUUAUCAGAGUUGCUGCAUGGAUAUAUUAAUACGUGUUACCCUCCUUUCCCAAAAGAUGAUCAGGAUCAACUGAUUUGAGUCAUGUAUUCCUUCUGUUCGUAACCAUUCCAUGGAUUUUCUACAUCCUUGCACCCGGGAAGACUUGCCAACUUGCCUAAUAUCGUUCAAUUCUGAAGAAUUUUUUGGACGCAGGCCUAAAGCCAUGUGGACUUACUUAUGUUAUGUAAACAUUUACAGUACACACCUUUAUGAUCCAAAGAAGAAUGCCUAACAUGCUAAAUGCCUGGGAAAAAAAGGGAGCCCAUGGAGGCUUCCUUCAGGUGUAAACGUAAUGACAAACACCUGCCUUUGUGCACUGUACAUAGCUGUGUAUCACACCGUGGAUGUCCUGUGGACCCAAUGGGCUCAUUUGGUGUGAAGGGACUUGUCUGAAAUGCAAAGGAUCAAUCUGAGGUGAAAAAGCUUUCGCAACCCCUCUCUGUCAGUCCAUCCCGAGACGACAGGUCCUUUUUUGGCCACCACUGAUUGGCCACCGGCCGUCAUGUGCUUUCCUCGGGCUGAACUCCCACCCAUUGAUCAGGCUCACAAGUUGAGUCACGACAGAUCUAAAACCGGUAUCUGUGCUGUCCGGCCUUGCAUUUCCCGUUGCUGGGACAGUUUGUCAACCAAACAUAAGGACAGGUCUCAUGAUUAAAAUAUUAUGAAAAGUGUAACUGUCCAUGCGUUACUAAAACUAUUAACUGGCCCAUAUUAUUAACUAUUGCGUCGCGUAUACAAAUCUUUCGAGGGAUUGAAAGCUUAUGAAAGCUCAUGAUUAUUAGUAAAGACCGACAUGAAAACUACCCCUUUGAUAACUUUGAGAAUCACCCUUAGCUUUAACUGAGUCUCCCUCUGAAGCCUCUCAACUUUGACAUAUAUGCACACAAAAUCAAUCUGCCACAAUUUCACUCACACUGUCCACACCCCCUCCCCGCUACAAAUAACAGAAAGAUGACUCACCGCGGAUGGAGACAAGGUGCGGUAACACAUGAGCUUCACUCAAAAACCGUCUUACCGUAUUGGUUUCCAUCCACCACCUUUCUGAGGCGAGAUAACAACCACGAUGACCCCGAGCUGGACGGAGGCACGCGCCUUGCAAAGCUACUGGUGGGAUCUCUGCCUUGUUGUGAAUGUAUGAACAUCACUCGACCACACACGCUCGCUACGUGCCAUCAGUUGGUUAUUUUUUUACAGUGCCACCACAGACUGCUGCAGGGACACUUUAAUGUUAUCUUUCUUGUAGUCAUCAGAUCUGAUCUUAAUUCAUGUUUUUUUUAAAUAUUUGUUCUGCAUUUGGUCGCUGAAACUUGAGAGGACAGCGAGAGACAUCUGCAGGACGAGCAUGCCCAUACUGUGUGAGCAGAUGCAGCUGAAGUCCACUUCACUGCCUUUACUUUGUUUCGCAAUAGAAAACAUUAGCACUGUUUCCCAUUGUCAUGAUCUAUGACAAUAAAUGAUAAUAUUGUAUUCCUCUGGAAUUAUCGCUGGACAUAAAUGUAAACCUUUGUAAGGAAUGAUUUUUACACUGAGAUGCAACAUAUGAUUACUAAUGGGAGUAGGAGAUAUUUAGAGCGGGAAUAACGUGGUGGCUUUAUUAGAAUCAACUGUUGGGUGUCUUCAAGUGUAAACACAUGUACUAUAUAAAAUAUUUCUUUUCAA